AACCGGGGUGAUCUGUUCGGAGAGCUUGAUUCAUUUAAUAAAUGCAUGUUGUACAGAAAAAGCAAGCACCGACCCGUGAAAUGCCUAACUAAUAUUCAACGGAUCGCCCACAGUUUUCGUCUCUUUCCUUCCUAUUAGUGCCACUUGCUCAAGCUUCAAACGCUCAUCAUUGCGAUUCUAUUCUUGUUUUGAUAACUUUUCUUUGAUUGAACUCUAAAGAAAGGAGGAGAAGAUCAUGACCAAAGAUAGGAAGAUAGGGGUGGCCUUGGAUUUCUCAAAGGGCAGCAAGCUUGCUCUGAAAUGGGCCGUUGAUAAUCUGCUCGAUGGGGGUGACACUCUCUUUGUGAUCCACAUCAAGCCCUCUCAAGGCGCCGAGUCUCGCAAUAACCUUUGGUCUGCCUCCGGUUCACCUCUGAUUCCAUUGGCAGAGUUCCGUGAACAGGAGGUUGUGCGAAAGUACGAGCUUGACCUUGAUCCUGAAGUUUUGGACUUGCUUGACUCUGUUUCUAGGCAAAAACAGGUGACAGUGGUGGCAAAGAUUUACUGGGGUGAUGCAAGAGACAAACUCUGUGGGGCUGUUGGAGAAUUAAAGCUCGACUGUUUGGUCAUGGGUAGCAGAGGCCUUGGUAACAUCCAGAGGGUGCUCCUGGGUAGUGUGACCAGCUAUGUUGUAUCGAAUGCGGCGUGCCCGGUGACCGUGAUCAAGGAUCCAAUUGCUCCUGGCCAUUGAUUUGGUAAAUGUGAAAUUUGCAAGGGGUUGUGUUGUUUGAAAUAAUGGUGCUCUGUCUCUGUAUGCCUUUGCCUGCACAAAGCGAUGAUAUACUUAGACAAGCUCAUCUUAAUAAAGGGUACUGGUUGAAUUUGGAGGUGUGUGAGCAAUUUCAAAAAUUUCAGGGUGUUCAUAGAUUUUAUGCCUAAUUUAAGAUCUGUAUACAUCGUUUGUACAUGUUUAUAUGGCUUACAUGGAUUAAUGUGUCUGACUUUUGCUUGUAUUGUGGUCAGUUUCACUAUUUGUAAACCAUAAAUGUCAGAAAUGCUAAAGAGAGAUCUAGUAUGUUUUGUAUUA